AACAAGUAAAGUACUUCAAACAGCAACAGGCAACCAUGUUCACCAGUACGUCACAUCGGUGUCAAUAACUGUAGCUGAUACAGGACUGAAGUCAACAAUAAGACUGUAACCCGAUCAGUUCAACAUAAAAACAAUUUUAAACAGUUUACAAAGAAAUACCUACAAACAACUAAAUUAAGUUAUAUAUAUAGGGAAGUUUAGAAAAAUGGCUUUAAAAUUUUAUCAGAGUUUAGAUAUUAAGGAAAAAGAUUUUGAUGAACUAUUUUGUACUGAGUGUACAAGGAAUGGAAGCAGUGUUGAUAUUCUGAAUUUCUGUGUGGGCUGUGAGAGUUUAUUUUGUUUUCAAUGUUUACAAGAUCACAGAAGAGAUGAUACCAGUUCUGAAUGGAUGGUUGAUGAAGACAAUAUUUCCAAUGUGAACAAUUGGAAACUAGAGAAAAACAAUAACAGAUACAGUAAAAACACCAAUCAAACAACCCAACAACUCAUAGAAAUCAAAGAGAAGCUUCUAACACUGCAAAAACAACUUCAGAAUCAUUCUGAACAUGACCAAGCAGAAUGUGAAAACAGACUCCGGAAAGUCAAAGAACAUGUUGAUAGAAAGAUAACUGACCUCAAAACAAACAUUCUUGACUGGCUGGAAGAAUUUCGAACUUACACUGCUGUAGCAAUAGAAGAAUUUCAUCAUGAAAUAGAAAAGGCUUAUUCAGAGAAAACAAUGUCAGUAAAGAUACUGAUGGCUAAAUCUGAUGCAACACUGGUUAAACUCCAAAAUGCAAAAACAAAGUCUGACGUAGAUGACAUUGCAGGUUUCACUGAACAAACUCAGUCAGAGGCAAGGAGAAUUCUUGAAGACCCUGACAAUCAUUAUGCAAGAAUACUGAAGAAGAUAACAGCUGCUGAACUAGAAAAUGCUAAUGCUAUAUUCUCUGAAUCAAUGGAGGAAUUUCUAGGUAACAUUAAUGCACUGGGAAAGUGUUUGAUAGAAGACAAUAGUUCAGAACCUAGAGAAGCAGUAUGCAAAUUCUACGAUGUUACGGGACCAGAAGAUACAUCUAUAUGUGAUAUAAAUGGUUCCUGUGUUAUGUCAGAUGGAUCGAUCCUAUUGACAGACUGGAAUAACACAAACAUUAAAUAUCUCAAUCAAACAUAUCAGCUGACUAACACAUGUGAUCUCCCCGGAAUACCUUGGGCCAUCUGCUGCAGUGGAAGAGACGAGGUGGCGGUGUCCCUCCAUUUUCUUCAGAAAAUACAGUUUGUAUCACUCAAUGAGGGAAACAUGAAACUUACAUUUUCUUUUAAAGUAAACCAGAAAUGUAGAGGCGUGGCUUGUGCAGGUAACAAGAUCUUUGUAAGCUGUGGUGGUGGAGGCAUACUAGAGGGAAGGGGGCAAGUACACAUGUUCACCAGAGAGGGGACAAUACUUAAAACGUUCAAACUUGACACUAUGGGGAGAAAUUUAUUUUCAUGCCCUCAACAUAUGACUGUCAGUGAUGAUGGGGAAUUUCUAUACACAGCAGAUAAACACUCUGGGGUCGUAAGGAUAGACCUGCAGAUGACAAUUCCAGCUGAAAUAUAUUUAAGUGCAGUAGAAAGCAAAACAGAAGAGGCCAAAGGUAUAUGUCUGAUUGGGGAUUCUGACAUUGUUAUGUGUGACUUUAUCUUAAACACAGUAGAUGUGCAUAACAAUAUUGAAAGAGAUGGCGCAAGUUUUCAAACCUUAUUGGACAGAAACGAUGACAUCUGCAAUCCUCAGUCUUUAUGUUACAACAGAAAUAAGAAACAGCUUGUAGUUACUAGUGGAAAUACCAACUUCAUUCAAGUAUUUGACAUGGAAACAGAGUAAUAGUUUUGUAUAUUUGUCACAGCAAGGAAGCUUAGACAUUAUGCAAAUGAGCGUGCAAAAACGUUUUAAUAUAUGCCCAUUGCAGUAGACUACUUUUGUUUUUUUGAAUUAAAUGGAUAAUUAUUUAG